CAUCACGCCGCGUCGCCUGCUGCUGUACUCCGUGUUCACAUGUGAGCAGAAGCACACUGGUUGAAUGAAAUCUCGAGUUAUCGCUACAGAAACGUCUGUGGCUGUACCAUAUCAAUACCAUGGUACUGUGAUUUAUAACAUGGUGUGAACGCCGUGCUGUCCGAUCUGAGAGACAACGACAAACCAAAGUGAUGGUUGAGGAGAUGGAGGUCAAAGGUCAGCGCUAUUUCAAGGGUGGACAGAAGAAGGGUCAGAAGCGGCCCGCGCAGGACGGGAUCAAGAGACGGAGACUGGACGCCACGAGCGUGAGCUACUUCCGCCGCGUCAGCGAGCGCCUGAGCGAGGGAUUCACAGAGGACGAAGAGAAAGCUCUGUUUGUGGAGAACGUGCUGUCGGAGGUCAAGGGUCAAUCGGUGCUCGUCUCCAUGGAUAUGACCGGCAGCGUGGCUCUGGAGCGGCUGCUCUCAUUGGCCAGUCCCGCUCAGGUGGCAGGUGUGCUGGCCGAGCUGGGAGGAGAGACGGGGUCAGAGUUCAGGGACGUGUCAUGUGAUCAGUGCGGGGGUCAUGUGAUGGAGAGCGCGCUCAGACAGGCCCACCGCUGGAACGAGGACGACUCUGACGUCACGCAGGAGGACGAGGAGCAUUGUGGGAUGCUGGAGGCUGAGGUGAAAGCUGUGUGUGGAGUGGUCAGAGAGAGUCUGGUGCAGUUCCUGAAGGAUCCGUACGGCUCUCAUGUGCUCCGGACACUCGUCCAGGUUCUGAGCGGAUCUCUGAGCCCAGCAGCUGCUGCUCAAACAGGCAAAAAGCAGAAGAAAGCCAAAGCAGAGGUGCAGGAUUUCGAGAUCCCCGUCUCGUUCUGGUGGGAGCUGAAGCAUCUCUCCGAGCGUCUGAUGGAGAACAUGGAGACGGUAACCAUCUGA